GCUAAGCUAACAAAAAGAGGAAAAGUUUAAAAAAAGAAGGGAAAAACGAGACUUGGCGUGGGCAACGAGACCAGGCAUAUCGCACAGCGCUAAGGCCUAUCACAUGUGAAAAUCCUAUUCUCUACUAUACUCCCAUCUCUUCCAGUUCUUCCCUCUCUUCUCUUCUUCUUUCUCUUCCUCCCUCAUCUCUCUCUGUCUACCAUCUUGAUGCCACACGCAGAAACCAUGGGUGAACCCACCGUCAACGGCGAGAAGAAUCACUCCCAAUUCCUCGAUCAUCUCAUCUCCUACCCCAUCAUCUCGGACUCCAUCACCUUCUACAAGGGCAAUCCCUACGGAGCCAAGUCCAUCCAGUAUGCCGACAAGGGCUACACCCGCCUGGCCAAGCCCGUCCUGCCCUACUUCUCCACUCCCUACAGCUAUGUAGCUCCCUACCUGGCCCGUGCCGAUUCCCUCGGUGACAAGGGUCUGACCGAGAUUGAUACUCGCUUCCCCAUUAUCAAGGAGGAUACCCAGAAGCUGCGCGGCUCUAUCUACAACGGAGCUUCGAUGCCCGUGCGCCUCGCUGGAGAGGUUAAGCACCAUGUUUUUGACAUCUAUGGAUCUGAGUAUAAGAAGUGUGGUGGUGAUGGUGUCUUUGCUUCCGGCAAGGCCGUUGUUACUACCAGUCUGGUCCUGUCGCAGGAGUCGUUGGCUUGGAUUAGCACGUUCUUGCAGACUAAGAAGGAAGAGGUGAAAGAGGCUGUCAACGAGAAGAACAGCCAUUGAUUUUAGAUUUUUUGUUUUCAUUUUCUUGAAGCGUUUUUGUUUUCUUUUGAUUGCUAGAGAAAAUAAUACCUUAUUCUUGUAUGCGUUCUAGUUUUAUGUGUUCUGUUUCAGUUUCCAAUUUCGAAUUUCCAGAUUUCCAG